CAUAGCUGGCGGACUUGUAAACCGACUUCGUGACUGGCUGGGCGGGUGUAUGUUUUUCACAGUCCUCCGGUUUGGUUGGGUUUAACCAUGGCGGUCACUACAAGGCUCUGGAUUCGCGUCGCCUAUGCAGCCAUGGGGACCAUUUUCGGCUUGUCUGCCUUCCUGGUGUGGAAUAUCGCUUUCGUGCAGCCAUGGACUGCGGCUAUGGGGGGUUUAUCAGGUGUUUUGGCACUAUGGGCACUCAUCACACACAUCAUGUACAUUCAAGACUUCUGGAGGACAUGGCUGAAGGGGCUACGAUUCUUCCUGUUUAUCGGGGCAUUUUUCUUUAUCCUGGCAUUGAUAGCAUUUAUUGUGUUUCUCGCUGUAGCCAUAUCUCAGAAACAGCAUAUAGCUGAUCCGAAGAGCUUAUACUUGUCCAGUGUGUGGAGCUUUAUGUCCAUGAAAUGGGCUUUCCUGUUGAGUCUCUACUCUCACCGCUACAGAAAGGAGUUUGCUGACAUCAGCAUCCUCAGUGACUUCUGACCCACAGACUUGGUCUGAAUAAGGACAAUGAGAAGGAUUUUUUUUAAGUGUAUGUGUGUGUGUGUGUGCGUAUACAUAUACCUAACUUUCAUGCUCGGCUAUGCCAGUGAAGUUAAUGAAACCAGACCUAAGGAAAGUUGGAAGACUGAACAUUGCUUUAACAUUUCUCAUAAUUACUCCAACAACGCAAUUUCUUGUAUUUAUAUAUUUGUUUUUAAUUUUGCUUUUAAUUUUAGAUUUGGGGCAAUUGCAAUGCUUUUUUUCGACAGCAGUAAUUAAGCACUGUAUGUUUACGCAAAAUUACUGAGCACUGUCACUUUAUCAUUGUCUAGACAGUCUCUUUUACUAAAAAGGACAUCCUCCGUGAGUAAAUGCCAUUUGAGUCACGUGUCAAAUAAAAUGUAUGCUCGAAUUACACAUUUUGAAACUGUAUGUGUGCAAAACUACACUACGCAUGUAGUAAUGAUUUAGGUGCUAGGUCUGAAAAGUGUUUCACUAUUGCAGUCAAAAGAAUGAUCAGAUUGUCUUUUUCUUUUCAUAUUCUGUAAUUUUUACAUGUUAACAUCAGAAAUGUAUGCUGUCUUUGUCACCUGAGAUCUGCAAAGUUCCGUUCAAUACGUUCCUUUCACAUAUAGGAGCUAGGACCAAAAUCUUUGCACUGUCAUUAGGGCUGCUGACUCUAAUUUCUGCCCACAGUCACAACAAUCUCUCAACUUCCAGUAGCAUUUUUUAAAGUCACUGUUCAGCUUGCAUUUGGUUCCAUUGUAAUCAAAACCUAUUGCAGCAUUUGGGCUUUUAAUCCAUAUAUGUUUAGCUGUUGAAUAAUUAUUUUAGAAUGCCAAAUCCAGUUGUAAACAUUUUAUUCGACAAAUGAAAAAUAAAAAGUUAAUAGGAAUUGUCCAUUGGUUCCCACAGUGUUAAUACCGUGUAUCAAAGUUUGCACCAGAAUUGUAUUCAUAAAUAAUCCGUAUUUUUAUUGUCUCUUGAGUUUAACCUUUCUUGUGUCAGGGACUAAUACAGUGAUAUUUUUGAUGGUGGAACAUGAUUAAAAAUCAUGUUCAUUGUGGUAUUUUGCUGACAUUUAGAUUAGGUUUCAUGCAUUGGGAGAUUAACAACAAUCAAGAGAAGUGGAAACAUAAGUAUGAGAUGCAUUAUCUACAUUUUGAAGAUGGUUUCUUAAUUCAAAUAGUUACUCAUGAGUUAAGAAGCUAUGGGUUCUCCGAGGUUGGUGUUUCAGUUUAUUUCUUUCUGCUUGUGCUUGCAUGGAGGUGCUUUCUGAGCAUGUUUGGCCUAAUUUACAUUUACUUUUUAUGAUCAUAAGCUUCAUUACACGACCCUGUCUUAUUUUUGUUAUAUAAGACAGUCAUAAGAACACAUUUUCAUUGCGUUUCAGUACAAAAAAAAUAAGGGCCCGAUUGUCAUUGUCAUCAGAUCUUUUCCCGUUGAACAUGUGCCAGUACUCAACUGACGAUUUUGGAGAGAGAUGUGUCAAACAUAGAGAAAUGUCCUCUUAAUUGUUCCAUCAAAAGACUAAGAUACCAAUAUCUUCAAUCCCUCUUAUUGGCUUCAGAUUCCUGUUUAUCUUACUUUUCAUUUUUAAGAGAGCAUUGUAGCAUAUAACUUAUCCACAUAAUCAUAUUUGUUUAAUUAGUGUUCACAUAUUACUUUGUCCUCGGCUGUCAAAAUUCAGUUACAGUCCUGUAUCCUUAACCUGUGUCCAGGAGGUUUUAUUCCAGCAACAACAACAAAAGGGUUUUGGCCUAUUAUCCUGACAGAAACUAAAGCCUUUAUGUGUGCAUUAGAUCCUGUUCUAUAUCGUAGUCUGCUUAUCCCACUCUGUGCUGUUGGCUCCUCUUGGAGAGAAAAGGAUUAUAAAUUGGAUACCUAUGCGAAAAAUUUGAUAUUGGACUUUUCCCCCUUUCUUUAUAGAACACCAUCUUUAAACUGUUAAAUUUUUUCUGGGCAUUGGCUAAAUAAUGUAUGAGGAAGUAAAAUGGUUAGUUACCUGCUGUCUCCUGCUUUAAAUGUAAACCUCUGGGACCCUCUACAGGCAAAUUCAAGAAUCACAUAAAACCAUAUAUUGUAAAAAUGUAAAUUUGAAUUCUAUAUUUAUCAUUUCUGUUUCCAUGGUUUAAGUUGUUUUUGUUUUUCUUGUAAUAAACAUGGCACAUUUUACAUA